CUUGGUGCAAACGCCACAGCUGAGGUGCAGAGGGGGACACGUCACGUGCUGCUAGCGCCACAGCUUCUACAGCUACAGUGGUCAACGCCGUGAAUGCAGCUCCUUGGCAAAUAGCUCACCAUAGCGGAGAGCGGAACCAUCCCGAGCGGCUUGGUCUCCAGCAAAGCAACACAACGCUACAUAUAACUAUCCGGAACCGAGCGAUUCUCACAAACCCCGCUGCGCACCCAAUCCAAGGGUUGCGACCACCAAUCUGCCGUCGAGGGACAACCCCUCGGCCUCUAUAGCUCGACACCCUUUGCCCUACAUUCUUCCGAUCGAUAACCAUUGAGCCAUCAAUGGUCGCAGCCAUGUCUGCAUUCAGACAGAGAUUUGCUCAAGUUGCCCGGCAGGCCCGGCCGCUCCGGCCAAACGGCGCCCGGAACACGAGAUCGUACGCUUCGAGCCAUGGCGAGCACCACGAGCACCACGCCCACAAUGUUGAGGAGUCGCUCGGAAUACCCGUCUACCUUACGCUCGGCGUGAUCCCUGCCUCCAUCUUCGUUUACUGGAUUUCGCGGCCCGGCCAGGAUGGCGAGCUCUCGACCAUGCACAAAUGGUUCCAAAAGAUCUCCAAAGAGUAUGGGAGGGACUGGGAACAAUCAAACCAUCUCAUGACUGCCGCAAUCGAGCAAGCGGCGCACGACAGGCACCUUCUUUAUGGUGCCCCACGAGGCAGGCAUUUUGAACUGACCUAUCCCGAGGCCUUCGGACAUGGAUCUCAGAUGAACGUUCCGGCCGGGCACUACAUUAACUUGGACAAGGUCAUUGCCCACUACCAGAAGCAGCAUCUCGACGACGAGGCACGGAAGGCAAAGAAGCUGGCCGCGGCUUCUCAACACAGCGCUCCCCAAGAUGCUCCCGCCGUGCGAGUCGGCUUUGUCAGCCCUGCCAUCGGCUACGGCCUCUUCGCCGCGCGGGACUUUGCCAAGGACGAGUUCAUCUUCCACGAGGCGCCCAUGAUGACGGCCCUCUUCAACGAGAAGUUCUCGGCCGACAAGAACCUGAUGCAGAGCCAGGUGCGUUCGUACCGCGCUGUCCUCGCCGGUCCCAGCCGGGACGUGGCGACGGUCGCCUUCCCGGCCCUCGCCGCACGCACCGGCAUCGCCCCGGCGCCGUUCGAGGAGGCCGCCGACAUCCUGGCCUCCCCCGCUGAGAUGGGCCGGUACCUGGUCCACGGGCGCUUCGCCGGCUCGACCGUCACGCGCGAGGAGUACCUGUCGUAUACGAGUCGUCUGCCCGUCGCGGCGGCGCCGUCCGAGAAAGACGUCCGCGAGGCUUGUCUGGAGUUUUUCAAGCAGUAUGCCUUUGAUGUCCGCCGGGCCGCUCGUGCAGGCGUUGGCACCGCUGCCGCUGCCGCCGCCGCCGCCGUUCCGGGAGCGGGGGCGGGAGCCGCCACGCACAGAGCCUGCAUCUACCUCCUCGGUUCGCUCAUCAACCACUGCUGCACUCCCCAAUCCACUGGCGCCAGCACCGCCUCCAUAUCAUGUUCGGGCCUGAUCAAAUCCACUUCCACCAGUUCUGCCAAAAGCAGCAGCAGCAGAAGCAGCAGCAGCAGUAAAGGGCCCAACUGCUCGUGGCGCAUCGGCCCUUCAGGGCUGGCGCAUUUUGUCAAGCCGCGCCAUAUCUGCGUGCAGGCGCGGCGGGCGAUACGCGAAGGGGAGCAGCUGACGUGGGACUAUGGCAAGAGGGAGAAGGGGUUUGAGUGCGAGUGUGAUACGUGCCGCAGUUCGGGCUGGUUUGGCCCCGGGUUGGGCAAUCUGGGCUACCUCUGCACCGUGCUGUGA